GGUCCAGUACUGGCACCAGGCCGUAACACUCCCAGCCCGAUCGACCCCGAAAGCAUUCAAGUGCCAGUCAGCUAUGACCCAGACCCUGCCGAUCUGGCACUGUCCAGUAUCCCUGGCCAGGAGAUGUUUGACCCUCGCAAGCGUAAGUUCACAGAUGAGGAACUGAAACCCCAGCCGAUGAUUAAAAAAGCUCGCAAAGUCUUCGUGCCCGAUGAAAUGAAGGAUGAAAAAUACUGGGCACGGCGCAGGAAAAACAACAUGGCAGCCAAGCGGUCACGGGACGCUCGCCGACUUAAGGAGAACCAGAUUGCCAUUCGCGCAGCGUUCCUGGAGAAAGAAAACUUGGCUCUGCGCCAGGAAGUCGCUGACCUUCGGAAGGAGCUGAGCCGCUGCAAGAACCUCCUGUCAAAGUACGAUGCCUGAAGUGAGCUGCUGUUAGCGCUGGCACUGAACAGUUGCAAGAUAGACGAGUGCUCUCUUCUUUCUAGAUGGCACUCCCCGAAACCCCCCACCCCCACCCCCGUCAUUCUGUGCCUCUCCCUCCCCUCCCCACCCAGCAGCCCACACACACUGAAUAUUGGAAGAGAGACAAAUGAACUUGAAGCAUUUGAUUCCACACGAGCAAAGCCCUGCCUCAUUUUUUUCGAAAGGGGCUGCGUAUUUUUACCCGGAAAAAAAAAAUUGUAGUAAGUUGUUUUUGACUGCUGAUCCACUACCCCCUUGACUUCCUCUGGAAUCCAACAUACUUUCCUUCCCUUCCACCCCAUGUAGAAAUGGUUUAUCAAAUAAUGUAUUGCUUGUAUUAAAAAGAACUGUUGUCAGAUAUCAUUCAGUUUAUCAAUCACCGGAAUGCAAUUAACCAGCCCCUGACUUUGGGAUCUGUGGGCAUCUCACCUGUUUCCGAAACCUGGAAUGAAGUCUCCAGAAAUUCAUUCCCAACCCUUCUCCCUGCCUCCAAAACAAUGCAUCCUCAGAGAUGAUUAUAUAUAAUUUAAAUUUUUUCUUAAUUGUAUUUCCAUUCUCUGUGACGUAUUUCUAAUGUGCUUCUUAGAGUGAAACAGCAAUUUUUCAUCCUUGAUGGCCCCCACCCUUUCAAAUGCAUGCUUGUUUAUAAAAGCUGAAUAACUUCCUGCAUUUUUAUAUCCUUCUCUCGACACAGCUUUGUGUUCUAGUCUCCCUCAGUGUAGGGCAUGGUGUGUUGGGUUUGGCUUUUUAGUCUUUCUAACUGAAAGCAAUAAUUGUAAUUAAUGUCAGUUAAGCCAAGUAGUGUGUGCAAACAGUGGGCCCCAGCCGUAUCUCCAGACUAGGGUUACAGCCUGAGGCACAAGCUUACCCUGAAGACUGUCUCCUAAGAAUGUAAAAGAGGACUUCUUUCUCCCCAGCUAAGAUCAUACAAGAUAAAGUUGAACCCUCCAAUGAUUUGGUUAUUCAUUGUCACUUGCUAUAUUACGAAGAGUCUCCAAGGCUGAACACCCUACUGACAAUCCACUGUGUGUAAGAUCAGAUCUGGGAGGAUGAUUAAUUGAGUGAGGUUAGCCUACCCUGAGAACCUCAGGGUCUACAGUGAAGAAUCAGCACCAACUGAAGGGUCAAAAAGAUCUCUUUAUCUUUUUUUUAUAUACAUAUAAACAAUUGAGGUUUUGAAGGCCAUUUGGUAUGUGGAUAUUUUCUGAUGAAUGUAGUGAUGGUCGGUGCAGAAUUACCAGAAACAAUGGGGUUGCCAUGUAAGGUGGUUAAUCUCCAUUUGUACCUAUAUUCUGGCCACCAAAAGAAGAGAUAUUCUAUAUGAUGUUAACGUUUAUAGAGAGAAUUAUAAAGGUCCUUUUUUUGUACAGUAUUUUUGAAUGGAAUACUGACAAGUGUAUUUUAAGAAAUAAAAUUAUAUUAUAUAGAGUAUAUAUUAUAAAGAGACGUAUAGAUGACAGGACAGUAUAUUUCACAUUUCAAUGGAUUGAGAGAGACAGGCUUUGAAAUGAAUGUUUAGAUAUUUGGGCAGGUGCUUAUAUUUUUAAAAGUCAGAGCUGCUGUUAAUUAUUUUCUUGACAGAGAAGUAUUUUUAAAGAGCAGUUCCUCUUCAGCAUGGGCCCACAGCACAGUAUUGAUCUCUAACAGAGUCUACAUGAUAGCUGGUAUGAGUAUCGGAUUCAUGUCAUGCCAACACAGUAAGGAAGCUUUUCUGAGAUCGGGUCAGUGUAUCUAACUCUGGCUGUUUGGGACAGUGUAGAGGGAGCUUUACGCUGUAUAUAACCUAUGCAGUAUCAGCCCUGAGGAAAUGCUUGUAAACAACGUAGUGGGAGAAGUAACGUGUCCCAUUCCUGGACAUCACUUGCCUUUAUUCGUGUAGCAGCAAUAUUAAUUGCAGUCUUGCACCAUUGUUUGACUCCAUAAGAAUUAAUUUUGACAGUUAGGUCUUGACUUGUGCUCAAGUAUUUAACUGAGAGUCUCGAUAGAAUUAUGCCAUGACAUAUUGGCCUCAUUAUCUCCAAAACGGUAGGGUACAGACUUGCCCUGGACACCUGCACCUAAACACAGAUGAUGAAUUCUGAAAUAAAAACUAUGAUGGGGAUUUACAACAGGUCAGUUUUAAAAGUGAAGCUUUUGGGUGUAAGUCAUGAUUAGAAAUAACAGUCAAACUGGGGAAGACCUUUGGUAGGAUUGAACAACAACUUCAGCAAAGGGUGAACUCGCGUUUACCUAUGCUCACUGUACUUGGAAAGAGGCAGAUUGAUAUGAUUGGGAGGUCCAAAAACUCUAAUGUGUGCUUUCUCUUUCAGAUGAUGAUCAGCCUAUGCAGCAUUUCCAGCAAUUUCUGUUUUCAUUGCACAAUAUUAAAUGAGGCUGAGAGUUUUGGAUUCAACCUCCCUGAUUAAGUGGGGAAAUUUACUUAACCGGAAAUAAAAACUUAUUUGUUUUCAAUAAAGAGUUUUGUUUUUGGCCUCAAAGAAAUUUGUGACUUCCACACUCCUUGUACCCUGGAGAGUCUUUUCAUAGUUUUGCACAGAAUUGUCAUUGUCUCACAGAAAAUAACUUGUCUUACAUGAGGAAUGAGGUUUAACAAUACUACCUCAAUUAUUGGAGAAAGAUUGGGGAGGAGACAGAAGUAGAUUCCAGUCAGUGCAUUCUUAAUAUAAAAUAGAAUUUGUAUAUUUAAGAGAUGAGAUAUUGUGGAUGCUGAGAAAAGAAAUAAAUACAGAAAAUACUGGAAAUGCACACAGGCCCAUCAGCGUUCGGAUACAAUUCCACAAAGGGUCUCCAGCUGCCUUCUCUUUGUAACAGAUGACUGAGCUGCUGUGUUUAACAUUUUUUUUUAUUGUGUAUUUAGUAAUCUGUCACAAUAAAUGAGCACGUAUGUGAGAGGCUUUUAGAGAGUCUCCAAUCUAAAUGUGAAGGCUGUCUAGUCCUUUGGCUUCAGGCUUACUAAUUUUUAAUAAUUUUACAAAUUAAAUGUUUUAUUUUAUCGUGGAAUGAUUUUUUUUUUAAAAAAUCAACCAUUGUAUUACUGGCAACACGGUGAGGUGAUUCAGUUAAAGGCAAAGAAAUAUAAUUUCUUUCAGUUGUUUCCAACUGGAUUGAUUUACUGUGCAGCCUGAUUCCAGCUAUCUGUAUUUGUAAAAGUGUUCAAUAAAUUCUUUUGUUGGCUUCA